AUGGCACGUUUUAUUGCCGUUCACAACGUACCCGGCAUCACCGAGGCCGACUUCCGGGACAAGCUGGACGCCGUCCGCAAGUGGCGACCCGACCGGCGCACCACCGUCCUCAAGGUCUACGGCGACUUGGAGAAUGGCAAGCUGAUCUCCGAGUGCGAGGCGGUGGAACAGUCCCACUUCGAAGACUGGCUCAACAUGGUGGGCUGGCCGGCCGAGUCCAUCAACAAGGUGGAUAUCGUCUGCCAGGUGGGCAGCUUCUGGAAACUAUAG